AUACCUGUGUAUAUAUUUUCUUAUACCAAAACUUUCCAAAAAAAAUCUUUGGCUCUGGGUAGACCAUGAGUGACGACGGACAGCAGCUGUCCAGCGGACCCAAUGUGUGUGGUCUGCAUCUGAGCGGAUCGGUGGGCUGGCUGCGGCAUCCGAUCUCCACCGAGGACACCAUGGCCCGACUGGCCCUUAAGUACAACACCAGCAUUGGUCUGAUAUGCCGGGCCAACAGGAUGCAUGGCCAGGAUGUCCUGCAGACGCGUCGUCACAUCUGGGUGCCAUUGCCAUCGCCGGAUCAAUGCCAAAUAUUUCCAAGGCAAAUGCAGGUGGGAAGAGAGCAGCAGCAGGCACUGUUCAGUCCCACCAGUGCCACCGGUUCCUAUCCCUUACGCUAUCGCAGUUCACCCGAAUGUUCUCCGAAUCUGAAUUACCUGGCCAAGGACAGUGAUACCCUGCUGAUCAGCUAGAAAAAAUCAGGCAUAACUAAACUUUUAAAAGUGAUUUUCUUGUUUCUCUUGAAUAUGUUUCAAUAAAUUUGAUAAGGCAGCCAA